AUCAUGCUAGCAUUUGUCAGGGCAUGCGCUAUGAAAGGUACCGAACUUAUGAUCACCGAUAUGCGAAAGGAACCGCCCUAAAACAGUUCUUGGUGCGUUCUUGCCGCGAAAGCCCACAUGGAUAAAAGUCGAGUGAAUACAGAAGAAAGGUCGCACGUGGAUUAUGCCUUUGGCUGGAACAUCUACACCAUGAGAAUCAUGGGGAUUUGGCCGGAGGAGAAUAUGAUCAAUCCAAGGGAAAACCUAAAAGUAUUCACCGCGGUAUUUUUCAUGUUUUCCUUCGUAAGUUUCCCGCAGACGAUAAAUCUUUUCUUCAUCUGGGGUGACUUCGAUCUGGUCGUGGAAAAUCUGGCUAUGGACAACGUGUUCUUCUCGAUUACGAUUCUGAAGACUAUUGUUUUUUGGCUUAACGGAAAAACGCUGAAAGGACUGUUAAAUCUCAUGGAAGAGGAUCGCAAGGAAACUACGAGAGAAGAGGACGUCAAAAGAAUGAUGAUCGCAGCUGAUCACUCUAGAAAAAUAACUAUAACGGUCAACAUAAUAAGUCACAGCAUCUUCUCCGCUUACACCAUAAUGCAUUUGGCAACAAAUUAUCCAAACACCCGUGGAAUGUACUUUCCAGCCUAUUUUCCAUGGGAAACGAAACCCAGUCCAAAUUACGAGCUGAUUUUCUUCGGACAAACGAUGGCCUGCUAUUACUCCACCGUUAUUUAUUCCUUGGUCGACACGUUCCUCGCGACUCUGGUGUUACACGUUUGCGGACAGUUGGCUAAUCUGAAGCAAGAGCUAAUUAAUUUUCAAAGCGAAACGACGGAGGAAUUUCGUGAGAAGCUGGGACGCAUCGUGAAGAAACAGGAUUACCUUAACGACUUCACAGAAACGAUCGAGAAGUGCUUCAACAUGAUGUUACUGAUCCAGAUGUUAGGAUGCACCAUAAUACUCUGCUUGGAAAGCUUCGGUACGCUCGAGGUCCUAUCAGGCGAAAAGGAUAAAUACUUUCUAUUGGAACUCGGAUGCAUCGCGUUCUACGUCUCUUACGUCCUACUGCAACUUUAUCUCUAUUGCUACAUAGGCCAGAGACUUCUUUCAGAGAGUACAGAAAUGGCGGAUGCCGCCUACGAGUGCAAAUGGUACAACCUGUCAGCGAAGGAAGCAAAAUGUCUCAUACUGAUCAUGCGUCGUGCGAGAUCGCCCUUGCGCCUUACGGCUGGAAAAUUUUGUUCCUUCAGUCACGAGCUUUUCACCGAUGUGGUUAGAUCAGCAAUGGGUUACUUAUCGGUUCUCUACACAGUAAAGAGCGAAGAUUGAGAAUAAACAUACAAUGACUGUGACGAACGAAUAACGAAAUGUUAUAAUUAUUGUAAAGUCUAGUAAUAUUUUUCGAAUAAUAAUUAGCUAAACG